AUGAGCUAUUCUGACGACGAAGAUUUUGAUGAUAUUUACGGAGGUGGUGAAGAAGAGAAUGGUACCAAUACUACCACGACAACUGCUGAUACCACUAAAAUUUCAUCUUCUGUAGGUUCUAAAAAUGAUGCCACAUCUGCUGCCACAGAAGCAAAGGACAACGAACAAAAUAAAUCCAGUGCUUCCAAUUCUGCUACUCUAGAUGACUUGGUCACAUUACAGGCCAUUUCAAAUAAUAUUUCGCAACUUAACCCAGAAAGGGAAAAUACUUCUACUUCCACCAAGACUGCUAGUACUGAUUAUAAUGGUACUUCCUUAGAAAACAACAACACCAAUGUCUCUGACUGGAAGUCUCUCCAAGCUUCGAUGAAAAAUUUACAAGAUUCUUCAUCCAACAACGAAAAUAAUUCUACUUCUACUGAAAACAAUAACUCUUCCAAUUCCGAUAAUCAAGUAGUAAAAGCUGAUUUGUCUAGAGAACUAUCCAAGAUGUUUAUAGGUGGUUUAAACUGGGAAACCGAUGAAGAUGCUCUAAAAGAAUAUUUCAACAAAUACGGCAAUGUUAUUGACCUCAAAAUUAUGAGGGAACCUAACAAUGGUAGAUCCAGAGGAUUUGCCUUUCUAACAUUUGAAAGCGCCAAAUCUGUAGACGAAGUUUUAAAAACUCAACACAUUUUGGAUGGUAAAGUUAUUGACCCCAAAAGAGCUAUUCCAAGGGAAGAACAAUCAAAGACUGGGAAAAUUUUUGUUGGUGGGAUCAGCGCCGACGUUAGACCUAAAGAAUUUGAAGAAUUUUUUGGCAAAUUUGGUACCAUUAUUGACGCACAAUUAAUGUUGGACAAGGAUACCGGUAGAUCAAGAGGGUUUGGGUUUGUUACUUACGAUUCACCAGAUGCUGUAGAUUUAGUUUGUAAAGAUAAAUAUAUAGAUUUCAACGGUAAACAAAUAGAAGUUAAAAGAGCAGAACCAAGACCAGGUUUAAAUAAUAAUAAUAAUAAUAAUAAUACUAAUAAUACUAAUAAUAAUAAUAAUAACCAUAACAACAACGGUUAUAGAAAUAAUAACCGUAGCAACAAUUAUAACAAUAACUACUCGAAUGGUAAUAGUAGUACCGGCUACUCUUACAAUAAUGCCAACAGUAUGCCUACUGCUGCGGGCUCCAGUGGCUUUCCACCGAUGUUUAAUCCUCAACUCAUGAGCGAUUACUGGCAAAAAAUGCAAGACUACUACCAACAAUUAACCCAACAAACCGGUGUUGAUUAUACACAAAUGAUGCAACAACAACAGCAACAGAUGAUGAUGAACCCCAUGAUGUUUAUGUCUGGUAUGAUGCCAAUGGGCCAGCAAGGUGUUGGUACUCCCACCACACCUGUUCCAAAUAUUAGUUCCAAUACCAAUACCGGCGAUGAUGUACCCACCAUUAGUAAUUAUGAUAAUAUCCCAGGUGAUGAAAUUGAAAGAAAACCAAGUCCUCCACCAGAUGCUCCAAAGGGCCCUAAAUCUUCCAAUUCUCCACCAGCUAUCUCUAAUACAGAUACAAAUGGUUCCGUUAAUAACCAUAACGAUCAUUAUUCCUAUAACAAUACUUCUAAUAAUAGCCAUAGUGGUGGCAAUGGUUAUCGUUAUAAUAACUACCGUGGUGGCUACCGUGGUAGAGGCGGAAGAGGAAACAAAGGAUCAUACAGAGGUGGCUACGAAAAUAGAUAUGGUAGUGGUGGCUAUCAUCCAUAUAGUAGACAUUAA